AUGGCAUCAAAAAGCAUCACCCUCAAAGACCUGCAUUCAUUCUAUAGUUUUGAUCAAGAACUCUUCAUUAGGUUGGUCCUGAUCUUACAUCAUGAUCCAGAUGUACCUAUCAUGGAAAUCAAUCUACUGGCAAAAGAAGCGGUCAUGUGCUUGAGGUGGGUGCAAUCAAAGGUUCCCCCUAAAUCAAAUCUAGCAAGGGAUAUUUUAGUUUGGGUCUUGUCAAAAGGAUAUCCAAAGGUGCCCCUGAAUUUUCCCAUCCAUGUCCCUGGAUUCCCUCAUCAAACAUUUGGUACCAUAACAGUGAUUCUCAGAAGUUUGGAUUAUAUUAUCCCGAAUAAGAACGGACCACUGGAAAAUAUGUGGUCCUUGAAACCUAAAUCACAAGUUGACGAUAGGACUAUUUUAUUGACAUUAUCAAGGGGUGAACAUAUGACUAAAAAAGAAGUGGUUGAACUCUUUAACUCAAAAUAUAGAGAUUGUGUUGAGGAUGUGAAUAUGCUUCCACCAACUUCAUCAAAACAUUUGUUAUAUGCUCAAAUGGUGGUUCGUGAUGUUUCAACCAUUGAUCAGAUUUUGAGCACAAAACCUAUUGCUAAGUUCAAGAUUAAUGGAAAAGAUGUUUGGGCUAGAAGACUCUGGAUCCCUAUCUACACUCAGCAAAAGGUCAAAAAGUAA